UCUCGGCAGGACGGUCACACUUGACUGGACCGAUGAUGUGGAUUUAAAAGUUAAAUAUUUGUAAAUAAGACCUAGGACACAAAAUGGACAUCACGCAGCAGUUUAAGGCGAGCGUGAUGACGGUGCGCCUGCAGCGCAAGACUGAACUGGCCGCUGCAUCGGCCGCUAAGCCCAAAACCACUUCUGCUGCGAUGGCUACUAAAACAACGACGACUGGUCCAAGAGAUGACUUCGCCAAGCAAGCGAAGGAUGUGUGUAACAAAAUAACUACCCUACGCAAUGUGCUGAUCGAGAACAGGACCGCCUACAUGCGCAUAGGACAGCACCUGAAGAGCGCCACUCACAUGACAGACGCUCAACGGGAUCUGAUCGACCGGGAGUCGGAGAAGUUCGUAACUUUCUAUACGCAGCACCUGGCCAAGAUGCGCACCGAUUGGAAGGCGGCCAAGCGGAAGCCCCAGGAGCGGCAGCAUAUCGACGCAGUUUUGGAUCUGCUGGUCAGCUAUUUGCACAGCGUGGAGCAGAUUUAUUUGGAUCAGAAGAAGUACCGAGUGCAGCAUGAGCUGGAAACCUACAAGCUGCUUAAGUUAGCGGCGAACAAAAAGAAAAUACCAGCGCGACCUGCGACCGGUAAGCUGGGCAGACGUCUCACAUCCCAGGACGAGCAAGAAUCUAUGGAACCUUCUUCAAACGGACUUGAAGAUGAGGCGGCGGACAACGACUGGAACAACGAUAGCUGGGGCGAGUGGGAUGAUGGAGAUGAAGAGGAGGCGGACGGGCAUUCGGCGGAGAAGAAUAUACCACAGAGUGCCACUCAGCACAAGGCGCGAGUACGAAAGCGGAGCAAACUUAACCAAAGUGGUCUGAGCGACUCCUCGGCGAAGGUGGCACUCGAUGAUGAUAUCCAGAAGACGGCGCAGCAGGAGGCGGACGACGAGGAUCCGCUCAGUGCCGAUGACAUUCAACUUUUCGAGGAGGAAAACGUGCAUAUCUACAAUUUUCUGCAGGGGGUCUCCGAGGAAGUGGAUCAGAUCGAAAAAAACGUGGUGGACAUUGCACAGCUUCAGGAUAUAUUUACAGAAAAGCUUGCAUUGCAGCAACACAGCAUCGAACGCAUCGAAAGCGCCGUGAUUGGCAGCACAGAGAACGUGAAGGACGCCAAUGAGCAGAUCCGCCAGGCCACUCAACGAAACGCCGGACUGAGAGUGUGGUCUCUGUUCUUCCUGCUGGUCAUGUCCUUCUCGCUGCUCUUCCUUGACUGGUACUAUGACUAGGCCCCAUUUUUAGACCCCCUUAUAGGAAGCGGAUAGAAAACACUUUUGUUAUCGUUUGUUCGCAUAAAUUGUUUAUUACAUUAUUUAUAAAUAAAAAGAAAUUAAUAACACGGUUUA